CUCUCUCCUUUGCUUUCUGAUGUAUGUUUUCAUGAUUUAUUGAGGGUUUUCAUCUGGCUGGAGCCGAAAGCCCCUUUUUCGCUUGCUUGCUUUCUUCUUCUGCUUUUUGGGAGUGGCAUCCGUCUUUGUUUUGGCGUGAUCGAGCACGGAACCUAUUUGCUUGAAUGCAUGCUUGAAUGCAUGCACGGAACCAACGCACUACGCACCUUGAUCUCAGCAAGCCAAGCUCCAAGAUUGUGGUAGGAUGAACGGCUUCUUCUUUAUCUGAGAGGAGCGAAGAAGGUGGCAGAGAUGGAGAGAGACCACGACGAGACCGAUCUUAAAAAUCCAUAUCUGGAUCGUACGAUCUUGCGAUCCUACGGCCUGGAUCGAAGUGGUUGUUGAACCAGAUAGAAGCAUGGGCUCGGGCUGACCAAACGGAGUCGCUCUCCCUCUUUCUCUUGGCUGACCAAAUCUCUCUGCUUCUUCCCUUCUCCCUCCGAUGGCCACCUUUCUCUAUUCCACCAAACAGAGUUGCUGCCACGAGCUCCUCUCCUCUCUGUUUCUUACACAGUCCCGCCGCGACCGUCCUCCCUUCUCUUCUCCUUUCCCGCCUCUGCUUAUAUCGUCCAACGGCAGGCCCUCCUAUGCUUCUUUCGUCGAACAUCACCACCCUCCUCUAUUUCUUUGGUCGAGAGGCAAUUUCCGCCUUUUUCGUCGAACAACACCCCCUGUCUUCUCUCCUCCUCCCCUCUGCUUCUUUCGUCGAACAACACCCACCACACCCCCUCCUCUCUCUCUCUGUCUCUCUCCUCUGCGCUCCUCCUCAGCUUGCUCUACCAAGAGAGCCGCGCCGUCACCGAGCUCUCCGCAGGUGAAGAGAUCCUUUUUAGUCCUAAGAAGAAGAAAGGAUGGACCAAUUUGACGAUUCUAAACUCUUCUGGGCAGCUCUAGUGUCUCUGUAUGUCAUAUGCCCGCUCACUAUUGCAUCCCUCCAGUUCCUAGUCGCGCCCUAUGGGAGGCAUGCCCAGCCUGGAUGGGGGCCUCCUUUGCCUGCAGCACUCGCCUGGUUCCUUAUGGAGAGCCCUACCCUCUGGCUCACGCUCAUCCUCUACCCCCGUGGCCAUUAUUGGUCCCACCCUAUUCCCCUCAUUAUCCUCACCCUCUAUCUCCUCCACUACACAAACCGCACCGUCAUCUACCCCCUCCGCCUCCACUUCUCCAAGUCGAAAAAAAUGAAGCCUAAAGACUUUCCCCUCUACAUUGCCCUCAUCGCAUUUGCCUUCAACCUCCUUAACGCCUACCUCCAGUCCCGCUCCAUAUCUCAUUACACUGACUAUCCCACCACCUUCUCUAAUGGAUGGUGGUGGAUUUGCUUGCGGGUGGCAGCAGGGAUGUUGCUGUUUUUUUGGGGCAUGGCCGUGAACAUAUCUUCAGAUUCGGUAUUGCUGAGGUUGAAGUCAGAGGGAGGAGGAUACAAGAUACCCAGGGGAGGGUGGUUUGAGUUGGUGAGCUGCCCCAACUACAUGGGUGAGAUGAUGGAGUGGCUCGGUUGGGCAAUUAUGGCGUGGUCGCCAGCAUCCCUGGGCUUCUUCCUAUACACCUGCUCCAAUCUGGGGCCUCGAGCAAAGGCACACCUUCAGUGGUACCGGCAGAAGUUUGGGGAUGAAUACCCCAAGUCAAGGAAGGCAUUCAUACCCUUUGUCUAUUGAGCUGCCUCUCAGUUUGAUCUCUGCAUCUUGAAUAUCAGGAUUUAUACAAGAAACAUUUACCAGCCUUUUUAAUCGAAUACUGACUGCAAAUACUUGCCUAAACAAUAUCAGGGUUUAAAUAAGAAACAUUUAGAAGCCCCUUUUUCAGUCAAUACUGACUGAUGGUUCUUCAUUGUCACCUCCAUUCUGUUCUGAUUAAUAACUUAUCAUGUUUGUUUCA